ACGAUUGAUUGAGAAGAAAAUGGGGGAAGUAAAGCGCGUCAAGUCCCAAAGGAGAGUUAACAUGCACCCUGCUGAUGACAAGGCGAGUAUCGCAAACAAUAUGGAGGAGCCCGGCACUACCGUGCCACCAGCUGAAAUCUUAAGGCAUAUACCAUAGCUAGUUAUUGAUGUUACGUUGAUAGUACCAAAGUUUAGUAAAAUACAGACGAAAGAAUACGAUUAUGAUUUAAUCACUGUUAUGGUGCUUGUAAACUUGAAAAUUAUAUUGGUAAUAUUAACGUUGUUAUUGUGUUCUAUCGUAAAUUAUUUGCAAGCUUCUUGUUGUCUAUGAAUAGUGACGAUCUAUAACGACUUUAUUGUGUUUAAAAUUUGUAAGUGCGAAUAUGGUUUAUAUUUAUGUUUACUAUGCAAUAGAAAAUCAUUCCAUUAAUUUAGUUUUCUAGGAUUUCAAUCUUAAUAUACUACUAGGAUUUAAUAUAUAUUUUAUACUUAUGAUUAAUUUGUAAAUAUUGUACAUUAAAAUUCUAUACGUCGUAUGUAUGUACUAUUAUAAGUAAUGUGAUUAAAUAUUAGUAAAAAUAUUUCAUAUCUAAUAUAUUUCAAUAGAACUUGCGUAUAAUGUAAAGCAAAGUAUUAUGUGAGAUUUACAAUAAAAAGAAUUUAAAUACCAGCAUUAUGUGGAUUACUGCUGUUGUAAUCCAUAUUAUGCUUUCAAAUAUUACUUUUGAAAUAUUAUUGUGUAUGAAGUGCGUUUAGGAUUUUACAAAUUCUUUUGAAAUUAAAUAUUUUAAACUUUAUAUUUUAUUUGUCGAAUUUAAAUGAUUUGGCUAUCCACCAUGACUCAUUGAAUCGAUUUAUUUAUUUUAAGAUGAACUAGUAUUUAUGUAAAUUAUGAAACAAUUAUAAGGUAUUGAACUGAUUAAGUUCACUGCAAUAAAAGUAUAUUAUAAUAAUAUGUUGUAUUUCAUCAAAUAUGCAAAUUGUAUGUAAAUAUUGAUAUUAUGUUAUUAAUUUUUGAUCGUGCAAAGUUGUCUCAAAUUUUUCCAAAUAAACUACUAUAAUAUGUGUUA